GAUGGCUCGUUGGGAACCUUUGAGGACUUGGCUCAGGAGUACUCAGAGUAUUACAGCACUUCUCUCACUGAAGUCCAAGACAGAAUGGAGGAGAUCUGCAAACGCAAAGUUGUACAAGAUGCAGAACCAGAGAUGGUACGAACAUAUAUUAUAUGUUCAGUGUGAUAAAGAAUUUGCAUAAAAUGUUUUUUUCCAUCUGUGGAUACCCUCUUUGCACAGACUUCAUUCUAAUUAAAAUGAUGUGGAGGAAGCCUUUGGAAAUGUGGUUUACAUUUAAAUCCUCUAAUGUGUGAGAGUUUAGGGUGACAAAUGUUACAAUUUUGGCCUUUUAAUUUAUCAAGAUAUUUAUGUUUUGAAUUGCUGAUUAAAUCAGAUGUUGUCACUCCUUUAAUUUGCCUCUGUGUGUUUCAGGAAAAGGUUGACAAAGUGCCCACAUCACUGCAACUUCGCUCACAGAUCCAGGUGAGUCUCCUAUUCUCUCUCUUGUUUUUGACCCUAUUGUAUGUUAACCCUCUGGGAGGAGGGAUUUCCUAAGCCCUAAUCCCGCAGACAUCACAGAGCUGCUAUGAACCAGAUCACAGCCCUGUAGCAUUAUAACAUCUUGGUUUUCCUUGAUCACAAAUUCACAUUUCACUGUCUAAUGGAAACUCUGGCCUUGUUAUUUGUAAUAUAUACUGUUAUAAUGUGUCUGGAAAUAACUUUUUUUUAUUUUUUUUAUGCAACCGAGACCAAUGACAUACACAUUAAGAGUUCCAAACCAAUCUGCCUGCCAGUGUGCUAGAUUGUGGUUCCUCUUAGUUUGUCAGUUUCCAUUGCCUGCCUGCAUGUCUGUCUGACUGCAGUAUUCUGUUCUCUACAGGAAUCGCUUGGGCUGAGUAGCAGUAGCGCUAUGUCCACUCCUGAGACAGAGCGAAGGUAAGACCAUAGAGAUACUGAAGCUGUUACUAUUCUAUAGUCAACCAUGGUAUUGUCUCCCCUUUGUGUGGAGUGUAUUGUGGGUAUUAUUGUGAUGUCCUUAUGCUGUAUGUAGUUAAAUUGGUGUUGUCGAUCAGUGAAGUAGGACAGUCAUAGCACUCUCAUGCAUUGUCUUCAUGUCCUAGUAAAAUUAGUUAUGUCUUUCUAUAAAUUGUUGAACUCCUGGGAGGUAUUUGGGCGACUCUACAGAAGUGAUGUAAAUUGCUGUCCCACCCCAAAGAAACUAAAAUUGUUAAGUCUCCAAACUUCCAUCAUGAUAUGUUCUAAUUCAUUCCAAGGCAAUAACAAACAUAAUGUUAAAUGAAUAUAGUACAAAGUCCUCGUUUAUACACCUAUUUCUAUUGAGGUGGCUGUCCCACACCCUGAUUCCUAAACAUCGUGUUUGAAAAUAAAACAAAUCAUGAUUUUAGAUCUUAUUUCAAAAGAACAUCUUGAAUUGUUAUAUUAUUACUAGUAGAAAGAGGAGGAAGGGAAGCGCUACUAAGGUACACAAUAGUAAAUGUUGGUAGACAGAAGGUGCUCUUUGGUCAAAGGGGUGAAUUGGUCAUCAAAAAGAAAGGAGGACCAAGGCACUCUUCAUAUAAUUCAUUAAAAUGCCUUUAUUAGUAUGGCAUGUUCAAUAGAAAUACGUUUUAUUUUUUUAAUCCGACGCGUUUCGGCUGCAUGUCCUUCGUCAGAGACUCCCUGACGAAGGCCAUGCAGCCGAAACGCAUCGGAUAAAAAAAAAAAAACUUAUUUCUAUUGAACAUGCCAUACUAAUAAAGGCAUUUUAAUGAAUUAUAUGAAGAGUGCCUUGGUCCUCCUUUCUUUUUGAUGUUAUAUUAUUACAUUGAAAGAUACUGAUCUAUUAAGUAGUUUUGUAUAUUUUUUAUCAUGUGUAAAAAAAAAAAAAAAAAUGCUGGCCCACCUUUUGACAUCACUACCGAAACACACACAUUAAGACUGUAGAAUCAAUGUGACUUAAGCCACACCCAUACAAAUAUCACCAGGUGAUGGGAUUGCACCCCUCUACAGCAUGGCCACAUAGUGAGUAGUAUAUCUGCAAACAUUUUGGAGAAAAUGAGUGAGCAAAUCUUAAUGUAUUUUUAAGAAGUGUCACCACCGAAUAUCUAAUAUUUCAAGAAAUAUGUAAAGUACGGUUUUGGGACUAAGAUAUAUGUUUUCUGGGAUGUACAUCUGAUACAAAUUAUAGCUAGCCAGGCAUAUGCUCACUAUGGGGAUUCAUUAAAUGGAUGCUUCAGGAUUUUGGCAAUGAAGCCCUUUUAUUUAAGAAACAUUGUGUUGGAAAUUCCAAAUUGUUUGCAUAGUCAACUUACACACAGCACUGACACACACACUUACCCCACCACACAUGCCACCAGGGGUAUUUUCACAGUCCCCAGGUCCAGAACAAAUUCAAGGAAACGUACAGUAUUAUACAGAGCCAUGAGUGCAUGGAACUCCCUUACAUCUUAUAUAGCGCAAGUGAACAGCAAACCUGGUUUCAAAAAACUAAUAAAGCAACACCUCACAGCACAACACCUCUCCCCCAUGUGACCUACUUGUUGUGUGUAUGUACUGACAUGUAUGUGUAACUGAUAGAUGCACACACACUACAUCUUAAUGUUUUUCAAAUGUAUGCAAAUCGAAAAGUAUUUUGUCUGUAAUGUAUUUUCCGUUAUAUGUCGGACCCCAGUAAGACUAGCUAUCACUAAUGGGGAUCCUAAUAAAUAAAAGUUCAAUCUACUUCCCCCGAGUCAGAUGAACUCGUGGAUACCAUUUUUGAUGUCUCUGCAUGCAGUUUGAAGGAAGUUGCUUGUUUUUAAUAUUCGGUACAUGGGGAUUUAACCGCAAAAGGUGUUUUUAUGUGCAUUAUGUCAUCACACACAUCCUUUUAUCCGCAACAAGUCAAUUUGAUGGAAACACAGCUAUGGUGAAAAAAUGCGCAUAUUGUUUUUAUGCAGAUUUUAGAAUAUUUGCUUUGAAAUCUGUCGCCAAUUGGAUGGAAACCUAGCUUAUGACUGACUCUUGUUAGUCCAGUGUAUUUCUUUACAUUUGUUUCUUCACAUCUGAAAUGAUCAUCUACAUUUAAACACAUAGAUAAUUAUUUAUAUUUUUGAUUAUUUUUAGAGUUAUUGAAGGACAGGGACAUCCAUAAGGUGCCAACAUGCCGAAAUGUACAGCAGACAGUCAGAGAGGACAGAGAGUAUAAAAACGGACCCUGUGCAAUAUCAAGAAUAUCUGAAAGAUAAAGAAAGGAAGCAGGAAAGUAAGUCAAAUUAGUAAAAUAUUUAUCUGAGCAAGAGGGCUGGAGUGAAAAGGCAGAAAGACACGUAUUUGAUUGAUUGUGAUAAUUAUGUGAAUCACAUGUGCCCCAUUCGAUAUGGUAUCAAUUAAGUAAGCAAUUAAGUUCAGAAUGUAUAAGCCAGGUCACAACCGAAACACUGUCACCACCGAAACGCCUGUUAUUUUGCCACAAUAAAGAUGGGAAAGGUGACCCAUGAAAAAAAUCUAACAUAAUUAGAUGCAAUUCAGUAAUUCAAUCAAUAUGUUUCAGAUUCAUAAAAUCAACAUUGAACAUUUUACAGAGAAAAAUAGAGACUAUUUUUCUCUAAAUUACAUUUUAAGGUUUUGAAAAUCAGUUUAAAAGUAAUUUUCACUAUUUGGUAAAUGCUGUAGGCAAAUAACAUUUCUAAAAUUAAUCUGUAAUAGAAUGUUAAUCAAAAUGAUCACUACUGUGCAUGGCUCUCCCUUUAUUGCAGCUUUUUCACUAUGUUUCGGUAGUGACAAAUUUAGUGGGGUGGUAAGGAAUUCAUUUACAUUUACAUUUUAGUCAUUUAGCAGACGCUCUUAUCCAGAGCGACUUACAGGAGCAAUUAGGGUUAAGUGCCUUGCUUAAGGGCACAUCGACAGAUUUUUCACCUAGUCGGCUCGGGGAUUAGAACCAGCGACCUUUCGGUUACUGGCACAACGCUCUUACCCACUAAGCUACCUGCUGCCCCAAUUCAGGACAGGAUUUCAAAUAUGCAAUACAAACAAAGUUUGUGAGUAGUAGAUAUGUCUAUCUGACAUAUACUAUAUGUUGUAAUAAAUAGGAUACCAUUUUUUUAAAACAAUUCAGCCCCCAAUUUCCACCACUUCUGUAGAAUGACCCUCAUAGGACAGAACAGUCAGUAGGACAGUCAUUCCCUUUCAUACAUUAUCCCCAUAGGGUGAGUCUCAAAUGGCACCCUAUUCCCUAUUUAGUGCACUUCUUUUGACCAAGGGCCAUAGGGCUCUCUCUGGUCAAUAGGGUGUCAUUUGGGAUGCAAACCUAGUCAGCGUGAGGAAAUGUGUUUCAUACUUCCUGUCCUGAUGACCUCCAGCCACCUUUAUGAAGUGCUAGUAUACCAACAGGAAACUUCCUCUCCUUCCCCCUAUUGUGUGUUUGGAAGGAUGGAUGGUCAUAUUGUGAACGCAGGAGAAGUAGUGAGAGAAAUAAGGGAGGAAAGGAGGAAUCUGGGUCAUGAGUAAUAAUAUAGUACUAUACACUGAGUCAGUGGGGUGUCGGCGACACCAGAUUGAAGUUUGUUACUUGGCUAGUUACACCUUAGCUUUAGCAUUGUCCAGUGCAAUACAAUGAGAGAAGUAGUAACUCCUGUUAGCAUGCUCUAAAAUGUAAGGCCAAAUCACCUCAAAGUAACAUGACUUUAUACAGUAUGCUGGUUUGGAGUAACCACCUCUGAGAGUUGGUUCCCUUCAUAAACUACCAGAACACAAGAGCCUUGAUUUCUACUAAUCUUGCUGAGGGAAAGGUUGUACAGUACUGGGCUUGCUGUGACUUUAGGCAAGGCGCCCUCUUGUGGCCACCUGUAGAACUGUGUUGGUGGGGGAAUAAUAGUCGCUAGCAUCAGCAACAACUAUCAGCUGAUGUCAGAGGAGAGAGCGAUUGGGAGAGAGAGAGGGUGCGAGAGAGAGUGAGGAGACAGACAGACAGACAGACAAAGAGAGCAAGUGUGAGAGAGUUGGAGAGGGAGACAGAACAGCGAUAGAGAGAGAGAAAGAAAAAUAUAUAAGAGAGAGCGAGAGGGGAAUGCUGAGGACACGUGAAGAGCUGUAGUGUUGAAGUGAGUGCAGUCAGUAAAACUCAAGCAGUCAGGGUGUGAAAAGCCUCUAUUGUUGUUGAGAUAGCCACAGUGAUCUGACCUCUGUCCAGCAGACUGACAGCGUGAUGUUUUCCCAUCUGGACUGACUACUGGGAACGGCCUCCACUAACACUGCACUGUACUGGCCGGGUCCAGUGGCGCGAGGGACAGUGCACGUUUGUGAGGGAUACGGUAGUGCAUAUUUGUUAGGGACAGUGCACGCGUCUAUAAUUCUUGAACAGGGACAGAGAACUCAGUGGAUAAAGGGGUGUUUUGUCGAAGAUGGUACAGUAGGAUACAAGCAGUACAAUGAAGAAAAUUGCAUUGGAAAACAGGUGAGAUGAUGAUGUCUGUGACCGGACUCUGCAUCUUCUGUUUCUUGGAUUGUGUUUUUUUGUUUGUGCCAUCUGUCUUGUUUUUGAUUCAAUCUUGGUUUAUUUUUAGGUUGUCCGUGCAUAAAUCAAGUUCUGAGGAUGGAUCAGUGGGUAAGUUUUAUUUAGUUCUCAUCAGUUCUGUAGUUUGAUGGGUCUUGGUCCCAUAUCAUGUAAUUACUUGACAUUUAAAUUGUGUGUAACUACAAACACAACUGUUAUUGUGACUGACUACAAAUUUACUACAAUAGUACUUAAUUUGAAGAUUGAACUUGGACAGUUUUGCUUUUAUCACAAUUGAGACACAAUUUAAUGUGUGUUACAUUUUGGGAAUAACUACAUAUGCGUAACUUAAAAAACAUCUACAUAUUUUGAAAGUUUGCUAGGGGUAGCCAUUGUAUGGGGCAGUGUGGAUUUCAUCUGUUUGUUUAUUAAACCUUACUGUAUCUCCUUGUUUAGGAAAUUGGGAUGGAAAGAGACAGAAAAACAAGUCUUUCUGGCAGAAUUUCAGGAAGUCGCAGAAAGGUGUCGUCCGGCAGACCACAAAAGGUAUGUUUUUGUUUUGGAUAUAUCCUCCCGCUUUACCCAACAUAUUUCUGAUCACACAAGUCAGGGAGCUGUGUCCCAUUUUCACUGCAUCUGUUUUUUUGGAUCGCAUUUUGUAUUUUUCAUGUGUUUAUUGAAAGGGACUGCACUGAAAUUAAGGAAAGACUGGUAGAGGGGAUAGUGUAUAGGAGAGAGUUGGGACUGGGAUUCGAUCCCACACGGUAUGUGCUGGGGGCGGCGGCUUUCUAUCAAAUCUGUCCAACUGUACUUUAUUUAUUAGACAUUUUUGCAGGAUGAAAUCUCUUGAGAUAUCAGUAUUGGUAAACAUGAAUAUAAACUAAACUUAUUUGCAGAUGAUCUCCUGAUAUGCCUGACCAAUAUUGAAAACUCAAUGACCCCUUUGUAAAAAAUAUUUUCAGAAUACUAAAACAUCUCAGGAUAUAAAAUGUAGGUAGGAAAAAAACAAAACAAUGGCAAUAGGAAAAAUAAAUAAAUAACUCACGAUCUACAGGAAUCGUUUAAGUGGACCACAAAAAAAUAUGAAAUACUUGGGAUGCAUAAUAAGCUGGUUGAGAGUAUGCCAAGAGUGUGCAAAGCUGUCAUCAAAGCAAAGGGUGGCUAGUUGAAGAAUCUCUAAUGUAAAAUAUAUUUUGAUUUGUUUAACACUUUUUUGGUUACUACAUGAUUCCAUAUGUUAUUUCAUAGUUUUGAUGUCUUCACUAUUAUUCUACAAUGUAAAAAAUAAAGAAAACCCCUUGAAUGAGUAGGCGUGUCCAAACUUUUGACUGGUAGUGUACAUAUUUACAAAUAUCUACACAUGGUGAUGUUACUAUUAGUUAAAAACACAAACAGUUUGUUUGUCCUAACAUUUGAAAAAGGGGUUUCUUAAAUUCACAGUGUUCUGUUUACCAGGUGAGGACAUAGGCUUUGUAGCAAGUGACAUCACUAUGAGUGAUGAAGAGCGCAUCCAGCUGAUGAUGAUGGUCAAGGAGAAGAUGAUCAGCGUGGAGGAGGCCCUGGCAAGGGUAUGAUGAUGUCACUUCCUGUCUUCCUACUGUAUGAUGUAUUUCCCUCCAGAUACUGUACUGGAUCUCUUUUCUCAGGAUGUACUGUAGGAGUCAUCUGCAGUUACUGGAUAUUGAGCAUCUCAGUAGGAUUUAUAAUGAGGGAAUACAAGUCUGAUUUGAUAUCAUAUUUAGUGUGCUUCUUUAGUUCUAAUAGUGCCAUAUUGGAUACUUAUCGAGUCUACUUCUCCUCCUCUCUUCUCUCCCCUCUCCUCCUCACAGCUGAAAGAGUUUGAGACCCAGAGCAGACAGACCUGCAGCACUGAUCUUACAGAAUGGCCUGAUGCUCCCAGUCCAACCCUGAACGAGUCCUCCAACUGCAAUGUAAGUGUCGCUGAUAACUCAUGGAUAUAAGUGUUGUCACUCUGUAUGUGUUUGGUGUAUACAGUAUGAGUUCAUCGUUCUGCCAUCUAACAAGGCUAGUGAGGUGUUAUGGUCCCAUGUCACGCCUCCGAGCAACUCUCGCUCACAUCAUCCGUCUCUCUCACCCAACUCUCUACCUUUCCUCUAACUCAAGCCCGUCUCUCAGCCGACCCCAAACUACUCUCUCCUCAACGCUCCUCGCUACGCUCUCUCUCUCUCUCUCCCUCUCUCCGCCUAAUCUCUCCCCCCCCCCCCUCUCUCUCUCUCUCUCUCUCUCACUCUCUCUCUCUCCUCUCCCCCUCUCUCUCUCCCCCUCUCUCUCUCUCUCUCUCUCUCUAUGAACCGGGGGCCCCCUGUAACCUGCCCACUCCAGGCCCUCUCCCAACAGGCAGGCCAUCCAGGCAGUCCUCUAUUCAUCCCAGUCAAAGCGCCUGCUAACCCCUAUUGUGCUGCUGUGAGUGGGUGGAUUCAGCACUGUGCUGUGUUAUGCAGGCCGCAGCUCUUUUCUGCAUGGUUGGGGUGAUUAGGGGGCUCAGGUCCAGCCCAAAUAUUUCAGAUUCAUCUGGAUGGCCUCACUCUGUUUCUCGCUCUGUCAUCUCUCCACACUGGCGUUUUCUCUAUCCUCCCACUGUCACUUUUUUUCAACCUAAUUCUCUGUUUGUAGUGUAUCCCCAUCAAAACCAAAGUGUUUGCGCUUUUGAGCUUUGAAUCGAUAUUUGAAAUUGAUGCAAAUUUUCCUGGAGACGUCACUUGUUUUCCUGCUAGUUCUUGGCUCCAUGUUGUAGCCACAGCUUCUAACUUCAACUUUAUCUGCCAAAUAUUAGAAAAUACUUUGAACUGAACAACUGUUCUUUGUGUCUUUCUUUGAGCUUGCUCAAGAACAAUUUACAACUAUAGUGCUGUAAAUAAUAGAUUGCUUUCUCAAACAUUUUGAAUAUGAUCUAUUUUUUGCCAAGAUGAAGCCUGCUCUAGACAUUGCUGUACCUCAGGCAGAAUAGGCAUGAUAUUUAAUGGUUCAAGAUGCUAUGCAUACUAUGAUGUAGCCUGUAUAAAAGCCCCUGAAUUUGGUGGACAUUUUAAGUGCUCACAUCUCACCAAGAUGAGAUGAUCUGCGACAAGAGACUACAAAGAUGAGCCCAUGUGGUUAGAUGUCUGCUAGGCUAUAUUUAAGAAAUGAUAACCAUGGUUUCUUUUUCUCCUCUGGUCCACAGCUGUAGCUUUCACAUAUGGUUUAUUUCUCACUAACUCUAUGGUUAGCUGUAGCACAUACAGUAUGUCAUCAUAAGCAUAUAAAAAGAGGUGGGAAAGCUUCUGAGUUUCUAGCUGUGGUGUGCAUAAACUAUUGAUCCGCUGUGAAUAAACUGACGUUUUUUUUCUGACCACUGUCCCAGGCCCUAAAUAUGAGAUGGUAUUUUUUGGUCUGACACUUCUAACUGCUCAGUCCUCUGACAUUCAUUCAAGUAGAUGGGGAAUUCCAGCUUGCAAACCUUUCGUUUUCUAGCACAAACCGCUGAGUCAAACAGGCUGACCACAGUGCCUAUACAUAGACUGCAGGUAUACACUGCAGUUUAAUACUUCAAUAUUUAUAUUGAGGUCAUAUGCUGCAUGCAGUCUCUACCUCAACAAUAAUAGAGCCAUGUUCCAAUUGCAUUUCUCGGAAAGGGUGGAGAAUUGUACUAAUACAAACUUUACUUAUAAACAGGUCAAAUAAACAUUGAAAUAGGUUCCAAAUAGCUUCAGAGCUACUGACGGACUCUUUUUAUCAUCCUUACCCACUUUUAACUGGGUCUCAUCUCCUUCCCCAAUACUGGCCUUCUAACCCGGUUUGUCUGUCAUCUUCAGUCAUGUGAGCUGUCGGAUGGUGAACAGGAGGAGUCCGGGACGUUCAGACGGCUCCAUAAGCUGGUCAGCUCCAGUCGCAGGGUCCGCAAGAAGCUCAUCAGGAUUGACGAGUCCAAGAAGCCUGGGUCUGAGGGUGAGACGGGUCACUGCACGAGUCUUACGACAAGCCCGAACACUCUUAGAAUAAAGGGUUCCAAAAGGGUUCUGCGGCUGUCCCCAUAGGAGAGAACCCUUUUGGGUUCCAUGAGGUACCCUAUGUGGAAAGGGUUCUACCUGGAACUAUAAGGGUUCUACCUGGAACCAAGAGGGGUUCUUCAAAGGGUUCUCCUAUGGGGAGAACCCUUUUUGGUUCUAGAUAGCACCUUUUUUUCAACGAGUGUAGGGUGAAGAUUAGGGCAAGACCAUAGUGCACCAGAUAUGAUUAGGACAAGUUCCAUUAGGGUGCAGAUGUGAACCUUUAAAUAGUCUGUAGUCUAUACCCAACAAACUAUUUUGUUGUUGUUAUCUAGAGCUUGUUUAAAAAAAGACUACUACUACUAAUCCAAGUUGAGUUGUUGUCAUCCAUUGCAUAUCACAUUGUUUUGACAUUCCCUGACUCUGCCACAAACAUGUCCUUACUCCUGUCACCUCCCCUGUCUCUCCCAGAGUCUCUGAGUAUGGUCGGGCCUGUCCUGGGUGAUGCCAUGUCCUCUCUGCCCCUGUACUCUGGGGUUCAGAAGAAGCAGUCUGGGGGGUGCCACCACGUUGACUCCCUGGCCUCCGCCCUGCGCGACCAGCUGACUUAUGACCUUCGAGACUCGGACAGCCUGACCACCUCCCCCUCCUCCUCCUCCUUGGACACCUGCAGCAGCAACACACACACCCACAGCCUGGAUACAGUCUCCAGCGCCACCCAGCGACUGUUCACAGCCUUCAGUAAGACAGGUGAAGCAAGUCACACAAUUUUCUUCAGGAAAAUUACCCUUUCUAUUAAGAUGUGUUGCUAUGACAACAUUUUAACAAAGCUUCAAUUGCUACUUAUAUCCCAGUGAUUUUUUUAUGUGAUCUAUUUUUGGUUCCAAGCACCCUUCAUUUGUUUAAGCAAGAGGAUAAGAGUUGAGCACGUUCUCUCCUUUUACCUGAUGAUGUAGAAGGAUCCAGCCCAGCCUGUAGCCCAGGGAGACACCCGGACACAGGCCCCAGCGGGGACGUGAGGGCAGUGGGGGUCGGGGUAGUGGUUCCUCCCUGUCAGAGAUAGAGGUUGGUGGUGGAGAGGAUGGACCCAGGAUGCCCCGGUCAGUCACGGAUGGAGAGAUCAGGAGAGUACUCAGCCCACUCAGCUACCAUGGGGUGAGUAACGUUUGGCUGCAUCCCAAAUGGCAACCUAUUCCCUAUAUAGUGCACUACCCAUAUGGCUCUGGUCAAAAGUAGUGACCUAUAUAGGGAAUAGGGUACCGUUUGGGACUUAGUGAAUGGACUGUGUAUUCUCUAUAUCUUUAGUCAGGGACAGUUCAGCCUGGGUGACAGUUUCUGCUCCCUUGCCAACUCCUUAUGGAAUUGUAAUGUUUGGCUUGACAAUGACAGCCAUUGAGUUGGCAUGAGCACAAACAGAUCUGGGACCAUGCUAGGACCGGUUGGAUGUUCACUCAGUCCAAAGCUAUUGUCACAAUGAACCACACUGUCUUAUGUGCUUGAUUAAUGAACCUGUCAAUAUCUCCAUUUGGAAGUGAUAUUUUUAAGGUGAUUUAUUCCUUUGUUUCACAGAGAACCUGUAGCUUUGGCGGGUUUGAUCUGACCAACCGGUCUCUGCACAUGGUCAACAGAGAUCAGGAACUCACUGUAAGUAGUUUAACAAUCAUUUGAAUCAUUGAGUUGGGAUUUUUUUGUUUUCCAAUGCCUUUGUUUCCGGACCUCCCAUACUUCAUACUAACUUUAGAACAAAGAUGGGGAUGCCAGUGUGAAAGGCGUAGUCAAGUCUCCACAGACGAACCAUCGAAUCUCUUUGGGCAAGAAAGUGAAGUCUGUGAAAGAGACCAUGAGAAAACGCAUCUCCAAGAGAUACCACUGCUCUCUCGCUGAACAGGUAUGUCAGACUCGAUGCAAAUCGUAUGCAAAAUGAUCCAGUGGUCAAACCGUACUUACACACUAACUCGUGUACCUGGUGGCAAUUUGUUGGACUUGGUUCAUGACGAUCGAGAGAUUUAAGCUGGAGUAAACAUGUAGUAACCAUGUAAUAAACCUGUAGUAACCAUGUCUUCUUGCCUUCCAGUCCAGCCCAGACCGUAUGUCCAGCGGGCCCCAGUCCCCCCACAGCCACACAGACACAGACUCAUUGGAGAAACCCAAGCUGAAAGCUGGAGGGUCAGUAGAGAGCCUGAGGAGCUCCCUCAGUGGACAGAGCUCCAUGAGUAAGUACCACGUGUGUUUGGGGGUAGGUGUGGGGUCUGUCUGGGUCCACAUUUAUUUGUCUUAUAUGUGGCCUAUAUUCAGCCUUAGUUCCAAAGUGAAACAGCAGGCAGAACAGACAACUAUUGCAUGUUUAUUUACCAUAGAUCUUGAUGUGGUUUAGUUCCUUUGAAUGACCAUCUCAUCUCGUUGUCUGCAGGUGGUCAGACAGUGGGCACCACAGACUCCUCCAACAGCAACAGAGAGAGUGUGAAGUCUGAGGAUGGAGAGGAGGAUGAGCUUCCCUACAGAGGACCCUUCUGUGGUCGAGCCACGGUGCACACCGACUUCACCCCCAGCCCCUACGACACUGACUCUCUCAAACUGAAGGUAACGAACGCACACACACACAUUAUCCAAACGGACCAAUCACAGUGUUUGUUCUUGUUUUGCAGAGAGGUGAUGUCAUUGACAUCAUCAGCAAGCCUCCAAUGGGGACAUGGAUGGGCCUGUUGAACAGUAAGGUGGGAACCUUUAAGUUCAUCUACGUGGACGUUCUGGCUGAGGAGGAAGACAAACCUAAACGCAACCGACGGAGGAGGAAGGGACGGCAGCCCAAACCCACCUCUGUAGAGGAACUCCUGGAACGCAUCAACCUCAAAGUACAGUAUAAACACAGACAAACUCACACACUCAACCUCAUAGUAACAACCCUACAGUAAUUGUAGACACUCACACACUUGAAUACUGUUAAUAUCCUCCUCCUUUUGUGAUAUAUAUAAGUUGGCUACGUGACCAAAGCUUUCCCCUAUCCUUUGCCCCAGGAGCACCUGCCCACUUUCCUCUUCAACGGCUAUGAGGACCUGGAUACCUUUAAGCUUCUGGAAGAGGAGGAUCUAGACGAGCUGGACAUCGGAGACCCUCAACACAGAGCUGUGCUGCUCACCGCUGUCGAGCUACUGCAGGAGUACGACGGUUAGUACACACACUGAUAGACACACACACAGAAACACACACGUACAUAGACACCAGAGGAUGCUGGUUCAUAAACACACACGCACAUAGACACCAGAGGAUGCUGGUGGGAGGAGCUAUAGGAGGACGGGCUCGUUGUAAUGGCUGGAAUGGAAUUGAUUGAACUUUUUCAAAUAUGGAAACCACGUUUGACUCCGUUCCACUGACGUCCCUCUGCUGGUGUUGUUGUGCCCUACAGGUAGCAGCGACCCGGACCGUAGCGGCCAGUCAGGGGGUUCUCAGGAGAAGCUGUUACUGGACCGUCAGGGCCCACUGGGGGACUCCCCACGAGACUCUGGCUGCUACGAGAGCAACGAGAAUCUGGAGAACGGUAACGACAGCCUGACUCGACACUGACUCUCCUCUUCUUCAUCCUCUUCUUGCUGCCAUGGGUCUUCUCCAACCUCCUCAAUUCUCUAUCUAAAGGCUAUGGGCUCCUAAUUUUGGAUCAGUUUUGCCUUUUAGAUCUUAUGAAUAUGAUUAUAUAGACAGCAGGGGGACCUGAUCCUAGAUCAGCACUCUUACUCAGAGCUUUUUGAAUACAGGCACUAAUCUUCUCUUUUUUGUUGUUUUUGUUGUUGUUGCAAGAAUUCAUUUUCCCUUCAUUCAAAACGGGGGAGAACUGAACUGAUGAGAUGGUAUCUAUCUCUGCCUGUGUAGAGAAGACUGGGAGAGGACAGCUAACUCUUUUACACUCACUCAGUAACUAAAUUAUUUUCAGAGACCUGUACUACUGUAUGUGUUCUGUAGGGCUGUUUCUAGACCGAUACAGGAAUAGUUCUGUCUUAGUGUACUGCGUGAUGGUGGUUUUGCAUUUGCUGAAAAUGGUGACUGUUGAACCAAAGGUGUGACGAUAAGCUGUAGUAAAAAAUAAAAUACUUGUCCGUACUACUUACAUAUUUACUGUGAAAGCUUGCUUUAUUUGAUAACACUACCAUUCUUAGUGUGGUUGGUUUGCUUUGGUUUUAGUCUUUAAAAUAACGUAUAACCUAAUAAAUGGUGCUGAUAUGGAAGGCUGUUGUGAAUGUCAACAGCCUCAGUGGAGAGUUUGAUGUCAGAGUAUUUUCCACACUUGUAUAUUUCUCUCAAGGUUUUUGUGUGUAUAUUUUUCUAGUUCAUAUGUUGCACAAUAUUUUAUGAUGUGCCUAAAUACAGACCUGCAUUAUGCAAAUAAUUUCAGAUUAAGAUUUACUAAGUGGUUCAAUUAUACUUGUUAAAAUGGGGGUGCAACAUUUUUUGUACAACAAUAAUUGUGGGUGCAUCAAAAUGCAUAGUUGUGACUGAAACAAAUUAUUAAAAUGUCUAAAAUAUAAGCUGUGUAUUAGAGUUGAGGAAACCUUAAAAUCUGUGUUAAAUACAGCUCAUUGCAAUCUUCCCAUAGCACUUCUGAUGCUAGGAGUAAUACUGGCCUAGAUAUAUUAGGCUAAGUCCAAAUGGCACCCUUUUCCUUUUGACCAAGGCCCAUAGUGCACUACAUACAGUGAGGGGAAAAAAGUUAUUUGAUCCCCUGCUGAUUUUGUACAUUUGCCCACUGACAAAGGACAUGAUCAGUCUAUAAUUUUAAUGGUAGGUUUAUUUGAACAGUGAUAGACAGAAUAACAACAAAGAAAUCCAGAAAAAGGCAUGUCAAAAAUGUUAUAAAUUGAUUUGCAUUUUAAUGAGGGAAAUAAGUAUUUGACCCCUCUGCAAAACAUGACUUAGUACUUGGUGGCAAAACCCUUGUUGGCAAUCACAGAGGUCAGACGUUUCUUGUAGUUGGCCACCAGGUUUGCACACAGCUCAGGAGGGAUUUUGUCCCACUCCUCUUUGCAGAUCUUCUCCAAGUCAUUAAGGUUUCGAGGCUGACUUUUGGCAACUCGAACCUUCAGCUCCCUCCACAGAUUUUCUAUGGGAUUAAGGUCUGGAGACUGGCUAGGCCACUCCAGGACCUUAAUGUGCUUCUUCUUGAGCCACUCCUUUGUUGCCUUGGCCGUGUGUUUUGGGUCAUUGUCAUGCUGGAAUACCCAUCCACAACCCAUUUUCAAUGCCCUGGCUGAGGGAAGGAGGUUCUCACCCAAGAUUUGAUGGUACAUGGCCCGUCCAUCGUCCCUUUGAUGCGGUGAAGUUGUCCUGUCCCCUUAGCAGAAAACCACCCCCAAAGCAUAAUGUUUCCACCUGACGGUGGGGAUGGUAUUCUUGGGGUCAUAGGCAGCAUUCCUCCUCCUCUAAACACGGCGAGUUGAGUUGAUGCCAAAAAGCUUGAUUUUGGUCUCAUCUGACCACAACACUUUCACCCAGUUCUCCUCUGAAUCAUUCAGAUGUUCAUUGGCAAACUUCAGACGGGCCUGUAUAUGUGCUUUCUUGAGCAGGGGGACCUUGUGGGCGCUGCAGGAUUUCAGUCCUUCACGGCGUAGUGUGUUACCAAUUGUUUUCUUGGUGACUAUGGUCCCAGCUGCCUUGAGAUCAUUGACAAGAUCCUCCCGUGUAGUUCUGGGCUGAUUCCUCAUGAUCAUUGCAACUCCACGAGGUGAGAUCUUGCAUGGAGCCCCAGGCAGAGGGAGAUUGACAGUUCUUUUGUGUUUCUUCCAUUUGCGAAUAAUCGCACCAACUGUCACCUUCUCACCAAGCUGCUUGGCGAUGGUCUUGUAGCUGACAUCCUUGGAGAGCUCUUUGGUCUUGGCCAUGGUGGAGAGUUUGGAAUCUGAUUGAUUGCUUCUGUGGACAGGUGUCUUUUAUACAGGUAACAAACUGAGAUUAGGAGCACUCCCUUUAAGAGUGCUCCUAAUCUCAGCUCGUUACCUGUAUAAAAGACACCUGGGAGCCAGAAAUAUUUCUGAUUGAGAGGGGGUCAAAUACUUAUUUCCCUCAUUAAAAUGCAAAUCAAUUUAUAACAUUUUUGACAUGCGUUUUUCUGGAUUUGUUUGUUGUUAUUCUGUCUCACUGUUCAAAUAAACCUACCAUUAAAAUUAUAGACUGAUCAUUUCUUUGUCAGUGGGCAAACGUACAAAAUCAGCAGGGGAUCAAAUACUUUUUUCCCUCACUGUAGGUAAUAGGGUACCCAUUGGGACAUAACGACAGUCUUUGAGCAGUUCUGAAGUGUGCCACUGUCCGAGUGAGAGCCCGGGGAUGGAAUAAACUGCUCGGUGGUGUACUAGACUGGCCUGUCUGCCUGCUUAUUUCUGCCUCCUUUCACUUCACUCACCAUCAAUUCCUACUGGACAGGCAUGCUUUGUAUUCCAGUCAACUUUCACAAUUCAAUAAAUACUUUUAUUUUUUUAUUUUCUGUUACUCAUGUAUUUCUAUUUUCCUCUGGAAAGAGCUUCAUAUAAUAAAGUAAGUAACAAAUGAUCUGCAUUAUGCACACACCUGUACCUGUUUGUUUCAGGAGGGACGGGCAAAAAGACGUCUUCUUCCAUGAGCAGGUCCUCAGCUGGUUUUGAAUCCAGUCACCUCCCAUCCCCAGAGUCCCCCGGCCUCCCCCUCACCCCAAACCACACCAGCCUCCCCCUGACCCACCCCAGCAAGACCACCCUACAGACCAGACCAGUGCACCAGUCCUCUACCUUACCAUCUCUAGGCGCCUCUAUGACCAGCUGCAACCUUCUGAGCCCAGGCAGGAGCCAGAGCCAUUACAGUCACACCCACAGAGCCAUGCCACUGAGGAGCUGGAGCUGUGAGUACCUGGGGCUGCUGAGACCCUGCCUCUACCUGGGGGAGCUCCACUCAGACCAGGUCCUCCACACCACUGAGCUCCACACCCUGGAAGGCCUGAAGCCAGCUCAUACCACCAUGUCCAAGGCUGAGGGACAGGGCUACCCUACACAAGAGGAGGCCCUACAGCAGUUGUUGACACACUCUGAAGGAUCCUCCCUACCCUCACAACCACUGCUCACCUCACCUUGUAGUGGUCUGUCUGAUACGUUAGAGUUGGACAUGGGAGUUCCCAGGUUAACAGGCCUUCUUCCACGCACCCACCUCAAAAUAUCCCCUCCAGCACCAAGACAUAGGCCCAAGCAUCGUUCAGCCAAGCCUUUCCUGUCAAACCCAUGUACACCAUUAUCACCCCCAGCAUUGACCAGUGACGGUGGUAGUGCCUGUAAACUCUUCUCUUUAAAUGGCACCUCUUUAAAGGAUGACGUUAUUACAGAGGCAGCAACCCAACCGUGCAGCUCAGACUGUGACCUUGCAGAUUCUCCUCUCCAGUCUGAAGCCCACAGGACGCAGCCUGCUGGGGGAAUGAAAACUAUGCCUGUCAGGUCGGUCAACCUGGGAUCCCUCCUGGAGGAAAGACUGGAGUCAGAGGGGAUAGAUCUGACAGCGGAGCCCUUCUCUGACAAGGUACGCCCUCACCACAUAUACAGUACUCGUGGUAGUACCAUGGUAGUACUAUUCUCAUGCAGUACUAAGAAGUACUAUGGUAGCACUAUGCUCACUCAGGAUUAAGCAGCAGUACUAUGCUCAUACAUUUCAAUGUGUGUCCAUGUAAUUACUGUGUUCAGUUACAUAAGGUAUCCACAGUGCUGUCUACAUGCAAAAGGGUACACAACACAUUCACUGGCUUCCUCACAAAUGGCACCCUAUUCCCUAUAUAGUGCACUACUUUUGGCCAGGGCCCAUAGCACUAUAUAGGGAAUAGGGUGCCAUUUGGUACAGACUCACAGUGUUGCCCCUUUAAGCCCAGUGUUUCACUCUGACCUAUCUCCACCUGCAGUAUGGUCGCUAUGGAAUCCCCCAGUCUCUGGUCCAGAGGUACUCCACUGAGCUGAACCAGCCUCUAACAGAGACCAUGUAUGCCAUGGACCUGCUCAGACUCACACAGCUCCGCAAGCAGCAGCGCAUGGCAGUGAGUGACCUUUUAUACUACUACAGUCUUAAUUUGUUCAUUUUUUAGAACAUUUAAAUAAGUUCAGCUCGGGGUAGCAUUAUCUAAAUGACACUGCUCUAAAUGGCUUUUCCUAUCCUCCAUACCCCCAGGUGUGUCAAAAGCCACAGACCCUAGCGCAUGGACUAACAGCAGUGACACAAAUAUAAUUUACUGCAGCUUACUGGGUUUCCUAUCAAGGUGUCGUAUCAAGUAAUUUACCUUUAACCCUGUUUGAUUCUAAACUAAUAUGAACGUUGCCAAGCUGUCAUGUUAAUAGUGUACAUGAAAUACUGUGACUGAGGACUACUGAUUUUUUUCAUUUGUAUAUUGUGUACGGUUGAGUGCCAUUAAAGCAAUACAAAACAAUGUCUUUCAGUGUACCUUUUCUGGAAAGUUAAAAUGUAUUAAAAAAAUCUGAGACAUCUGAACAUAAAACAUGAUUUAUAACAAUACUAACUGAAAUGUCUAUGUGCCGUACUGUUCUACUGCAGCGAUGAUCUUUUGCUUGUCUGAAAUAUCCUUCUUCUGAGGGGUUUUGGCUAUGUUUAAAAAACAAAGUACUGUUCAGUAGAAUCCAGAAAUGCAUUAAUUAAAUGUAAUUAGUCUUGGUAGCAUCCAAAACAUUCAAAUGACAUAACAUUAUUUCACAGUAGAGAUUAAAUUCAUAAAAUCAAUUGCAUUUUAUAUCAAGCCGGCAAAAUCUCAACUCUUGCAUUCAUUAAAUUAAUGUGCAAUGGCAGGUAUCACUAAUUGUGACUCAAAAAGGUGCAUACCGAGUGAAUAGAUCAUAUCAUUUCAUGAUUUUUUAUUUUAUUUAUUUUAUAUACAGUGGGGAGAACAAGUAUUUGAUACACUGCCGAUUUUGUAGGUUUUCCUACUUACAAAGCAUGUAGAGGUCUGUAAUUUUUAUCAUAGGUACACUUCAACUGUGAGAGACGGAAUCUAAAACAAAAAUCCAGAAAAUCACAUUGUAUGAUUUUUAAGUAAUUAAUUUGCAUUUUAUUGCAUGACAUAAGUAUUUGAUCACCUACCAACCAGUAAGAAUUCCGGCUCUCACAGACCUGUUAGUUUUUCUUUAAGAAGCCCUCCUGUUCUCCACUCAUUACCUGUAUUAACUGCACCUGUUUGAACUCAUUACCUGUAUAAAAACACCUGUCCACACACUCAAUCAAACAGACUCCAACCUCUCCACAAUGGCCAAGACUAGAGAGCUGUGUAAGGACAUCAGGGAUAAAAUUGUAGACCUGCACAAGGCUGGGAUGGGCUACAGGACAAUAGGCAAGCAGCUUGGUGAGAAGGAAACAACUGUUGGCGCAAUUAUUAGAAAAUGGAAGAAGUUCAAGAUGACGGUCAAUCACCCUCGGUCUGGGGCUCCAUGCAAGAUCUCACCUCGUGGGGCAUCAAUGAUCAUGAGGAAGGUGAGGGAUCAGCUCAGAACUACACGGCAGGACCUGGUCAAUGACCUGAAGAGAGCUAGGACCACAGUCUCAAAGAAAACCAUUAGUAACACACUACGCCGUCAUGGAUUAAAAUCCUGCAUCGCACGCAAGGUCCCCCUGCUCAAGCCAGCGCAUGUCCAGGCCCGUCUGAAGUUUGCCAAUGACCAUCUGGAUGAUCCAGAGGAGGAAUGGGAGAAGGUCAUGUGGUCUGAUGAGACAAAAAUAUAGCUUUUUGGUCUAAACUCCACUCGCCGUGUUUGGAGGAAGAAGAAGGAUGAGUACAACCACAAGAACACCAUCCCAACCGUGAAGCAUAGAGGUGGAAACAUCAUUCUUUGGGGAUGCUUUUCUGCAAAGGGGACAGGACGACUGCACCGUAUUGAGGGGAGGAUGGAUGGGGCCAUGUAUCGCGAGAUCUUGGCCAACAACCUCCUUCCCUCAGUAAGAGCAUUGAAGAUGGGUCGUGGCUGGGUCUUCCAGCAUGACAACGACCCGAAACACACAGCCAGGGCAACUAAGGAGUGGCUCCGUAAGAAGCAUCUCAAGGUCCUGGAGUGGCCUAGCCAGUCUCCAGACCUGAACCCAAUAGAAAAUCUUUGGAGGGAGCUGAAAGUCCGUAUUGCCCAGCGACAGCACCGAAACCUGAAGGAUCUGGAGAAGGUCUGUAUGGAGGAGUGGGCCAAAAUCCCUGCUGCAGUGUGUGCAAACCUGGUCAAGACCUACAGGAAACGUAUGAUCUCUGUAAUUGCAAACAAAGGUUUCUGUACCAAAUAUUAAGUUCUGCUUUUCUGAUGUAUCAAAUACUUAUGUCAUGCAAUAAAAUGCAAAUUAAUUACUUAAAAAUCAUACAAUGUGAUUUUCUGGAUUUUUGUUUUAGAUUCCGUCUCUCACAGUUGAAGUGUACCUAUGAUAAAAAUGACAGACCUCUACAUUCUUUGUAAGUAGGAAAACCUGCAAAAUCGGCAGUGUAUCAAAUACUUGUUCUCCCCACUGUAUAUAUUUUUUUACCUUUAUUAAACCAGGUAAGCCAGUUGAGAACAAGUUCUCAUUUACAACUGCGACCUGGCCAAGAUAAAGCAAAGCAGUGCGAUAAAAACAACAACAACAUAGAGUUACAUAUGGGGUAAAACAAAACAAAGUAAAAAAUACCACAGAAAAUAUGGGGAUGAGGUAGUUGAGUGGGCUAAUUUCAGAAGGGCUGUGUACAGGUGCAGUGAGCGGUAAGGUGCUCUGACAACUGAUGCUUAAAGUUAGUGAGGGAGAUAAGAGUCUCCAGCUUCAGAGAUUUUUGCAGUUCGUUCCAGUCAUUGGCAGCAGAGAACUGGAAGGAAUGGCGGCCAAAGGAGGUGUUGGCUUUGGGGAUGACCAGUGAGAGAUACCUGCUGGAGCGCAUACUACGGGUGGGUGUUGCUAUGGUGACCAAUGAGCUAAGAUAAGGCAGAGAUUUGCCUAGCAGUGAUUUAUAGAUGGCCUGGAGACAGUGGGUUUGGCAACGAAUAUGUAGUGAGGACCAGCCAACAAGAGCGUACAGGUCACAGUGGUGGGUAGUAUAUGGGGCUUUGGUGACAAAACGGAUGGCACUGUGAUAGACUACAUCCAAUUUGCUGAGUAGAGUGUUGGAGGCUAUUUUGUAAAUGACAUCGCCGAAGUCAAGGAUCGGUAGGAUAGUCAGUUUUACAAGGGCAUGUUUGGCAGCAUAAGUGAAGGAGGCUUUGUUGCGAAAUAGGAAGCUGAUUCUAGAUUUAACUUUGGAUUGGAGAUGCUUAAUGUGAGUCUGGAAGGAGAGUUUACAGUCUAACCAGACACCUAGGUAUUUGUAGUUGUCCACAUACUCUAGGUCAGACCCGUCGAGAGUAGUGAUUCUAGUCAGGUGGGCGGGUGCCAGCAGCGUUUGAUUGAAGAGCAUGCAUUUAGUUUUACUAGUGUUUAAGAGCAGUUGGAGGCUACGGAAGGAGUGUUGUAUGGCAUUGAAGCUUGUUUGGAGGUUUGUUAAGAGUGUCCAAUGAAGGGCCAGAUGUAUACAAAAUGGUGUCGUCUGCGUAGAGGUGGAUCUGAGAGUCACCAGCAGCAAGAGCGACAUCAUUGAUCUACACGGAGAAAAGAGUCGGCCCAAGAAUUGAACCCUGUGGCACCCCCAUAGAGACUGCCAUAGGUCCAGACAACAGGCCCUCCGAUUUGACACAGAGUUCAAUCUGAGAAGUAGUUGGUGAACCAGGCGAGGCAGUCAUUUGAGAAACCAAGUCUAUUUAGUCUGCCAAUAAGAAUGCGGUGGUUGACAGAGUCUAAAGCCUUGGCCAGGUCGAUGAAGACGGCUGCACAGUACUGUCUAUUAUCGAUCGCGGUUAUAAUAUCGUUUAGGACCUUGAGCGUGGCUGAGGUGCACCCAUGACCAGCUCGGAAACCGGAUUGCAUAGCGGAGAAGGUACGAUGGGAUUCGAAAUGGUCAGUGAUCUGUUUAACUUGGCUUUCAAAAACUUUCGAAAGGCAGGGCAGGAUGGAUAUAGGUCUGUAACAGUUUGGAUCUAGGGUGUUACCCCCUUUGAAGAGGGGGAUGACCGCGGCAGCUUUCCAAUCUCUGGGGAUCUCAGACGUUACGAAAGAGAGGUUGAACAGGCUAGUAAUAGGGGUUGCGACAAUUUCGGCGGCAAUUUUUAGAAAGAAAGGGUACAGAUUGUCUAGCCCAGAUGAUUUGUAGGGGUCCAGAUUUUGCAGCUCUUUCAGAACAUCAGCUGUCUGAAUUUGUGUGAAGGAGAAGCGGGGGGGGCAUGGGCAAGUUGCCGGGGUAGUGGUAGGCAGGUGGAAAGCAUGGCCAGCCGUAGCAAAAUGCUUGUUGAAAUUCUCGAUUAUUGUACAUUUAUCGGUGGUGAUAGUGUUUCCUAGCCUCAGUGCAGUGGGCAGCUGGGAGGAGGUGCUCUUAUUCUCCAUGGACUUUACAGUGUCCCAAAACUUUUUGGAGUUAGUGCUACAGGAUGCACAUUUCUGUUAGGAAAGCAAAGGCUAGCUUUUUCAAACUGCUUGUGUAUAUUGGUUCCUAACUUCCCUGAAAAGUUGCAUAUCGCGGGGGCUAUUCGACGCUAAUGCAGUACGCCACAGGAUGUUUUUGUGCUGGUCAAGGGCAGUCAAGUCUGAGGAGAACCAGGGGCUAUAUCUGUUCUUAGUUCUGAAUUUUUUGAAUGGGGCAUGCUUAUUUAAGAUGGAGAGGAAAGCACUUUUAAAGAACAACCAGGCAUCCUCUACUGACGGAAUGAGAUCGAUAUCCAUCCAGGAUACCUGGGCCAGGUCAAUUAGGAAGGCCUGCUCGCUAAAGUAUUUUAGGGAGCGUUUGACAGUGAUGAGGGGUGGUCGUUUGACCGCGGACCCGUUAUGGACGCAGGCAAUAAGGCAGUGAUCGCUGAGAUCCUGGUUGAAGACAGCGGAGGUGUAUUUAGAGGGUAAGUUAGUCAGGAUGAUAUCUAUGAGGGUGCCCAUGUUUACGGAUUUAGGGUUGUACCUGGUAGGUUCCUUGAUAAUUUGUGUGAGAUUAGGUCACCAAGCAGUACGAACUCUGAGGAUAGAUGGGGGGCGAUCAAUUCACAUAUGGUGUCCAGGGCACAGCUGGGGGCUGAGGGGGGUCUGUAGCAAGCGGCAAGGUGGAUUUUUAGAAGUAGGAGCUCAAACCGUUUGGGCACAGACCUGGAUAGUAUGAUAGAGCUCUGCAGGCUAACUCCACCCCCUUUGGCAGUUCUAUCUAGAUGGAAAAUGUUGUAGUUGGGGAUGGAAAUUUGUGAAUUUUUGGUGGCCUUCCUAAGCCAGGAUUCAGACACUGCUAGAACAUCAGGGUUGGCGGAGUGUGCUAACGCAGUGAAUAACUCAAACUUAGGAAGGAGGCUUGUGAUGUUAACGUACAGAAAACCAAGGCUUUUACGGUUACAGAAGUCAACAGAUGAUAACUCCUGGGGAGUAGGAGUGAUACUGGGGGCUGCAGGGCCUGGGUUAGCCUCUACAUCACCAGAGGAACAGAGGAGGACUAGAAUAAGGAUACGGCUAAAGGCUUUAAGAACUGGUCUUCUAGUGCGUUGGGUACAGAGAAUAAAGAGGGCAGAUUUCCGGGCGUUGUAGAAUAGAUUCAGGGCAUUAUGUACAGACAAGGAUAUGGAAGGAUAUGAGUACAGUGGAGGUAAACCUAAGCGUUGGGUAACAAUGAAAGAGAGCAUCACUGGAGGCACCGAUUGAGCCGGUCUCGGCGUGUAUGGGGGGUGGAACCAAGGAGCUAUUUGAGGCAGUUUGAGAAUGACUUGGGGUUCUAUAUUGAAAUUGUAUAAUAAAAACUAACUGGAACAGCAAUAGGCAAGGCAUAUUGACAUGGGAGAGAGGCAUAAAGCAAUCACAGGUGGUAUUAGAGAGAGCUAUGACAACAACUGGUAAUGGCGCCAUCUUGGAUUUAUCUCUAGCAGAGCAUCUGUUUACAGCCUGGCCCUGAAGGGCCUCUGUUCAGAAAUCAUUCGCAUUUUAUUUCAAGACCGCAAAAUCUUUUCACUCAUUCAUUGCUUUCUUUUCAUUUAUAACAGCAGGUAUCACUAAUUGUGACUAAUUGUUUUAACAAAAAAUGGUACAGAGUGAGUGAUUUAUAUUAUUAUAUCAUAUUCUAUCAUGAUUUCUAUGGCAGAGCAUUUGCAUAGUGUUCACAGCUUGGCCCUGGGGGGCCUCUCAUGGAGACACUUCCCGACCAGCCCAAGUGUGUCCAGGGCCGUGCCCCAGCUCAGUGACCACCCCAACCCCCAUGGCCAUAGUUAUGCACCGCAGGUACCUGUCGGCUCCCUAGGAGGACAAGCGCUCUCUCCACCCGGACGUUCUUCCGACCGAGUCUCAGCCCCACAGACACCCCCAGGACCCUGGCCCUGCUCAGGGACGGCUCCAGCCUGCUUACAGCACUCCACGAUGCCCUGGCUGUCCCCUGGAUCCACCAAGCGCCCGUCGUCCACCUGCCUACG